CCGAGCUCGAUGACUUACACGACCUUCUGGGAUCCUUAACAUCCUUCUAAUGGGCCUUUUUUGGGUCAAUUAACAAGAAUCAUACUUGACAUUUGCCGCAUAACACUAAUAUAGUUUUAGUCUGCAGCUGUCUACUGUGUAUUGUAGAUGAAACUGCAUGUGCAAAUGCAGGUUUAAAUGAAGAAGAGCUGUCUUCAGCAAGCGUGAAAACGGCACCACUUAAAUUCACAGAGGAAGUUCAGUGAGACCUGAGAGGCGGAGAGGAAUUGCAUUCAUGCGUUUAAAAGGCCCAGUUUUCCAGUAAAAAAAGUUCAUUACAAAAAAGGAAUAUUCAUAGAAUGUAUCUAUAGGACCACACCUGCUCUGAAAGACUUUGACAAAGAAAACAUCUAGUUUUAUAUUGGCUUUCUAGGACUCUGAUGUUACUGGAUGACAUUGUGAUCCAGAGUCAGACAUAGAUGUGAUGUAGACAUAGAUAUUAGAUGUGCAAGGAUUUUUUUUUUUAAUAGUGGAAAAUUGUGACAACAAACUAGACUUUAUGAAUAUUCAAGUACAAAUUACAUGGAUAUAACAAGGAAAUGAGUGUGAAGUGUCCUACUUGUGUUACAGUGGUUCAAAAAGAGGUGGUUUGUGUACGACUGCUUGUCUGAGGUUGGGGUGCAGGACGUAAAGAAGGUCAGACGUCUCUCUCCGCACAACCUUCCUGAUGUUCAACUGUCAGACACACUCUGUCUAGUGUCUUAGGGACCCCAUCUUGCUUAGGUGGAGACAUGAGGAGAAAAUGCUCAAACACCUCAUGAGCUGUGGCACUAGCGCGAGUCUCUCCCGAGUGACGGAGCUUGACACAAAGCAAGUUGUAUCCAUAGCUCACUGUGGGAGAAUCAAUGUGUCUCCAUGACCUUGAAGGUCUCUGAUGAGAACGUGAAUCCUACAAACCAAAGUAUAAUCCUACUGUGUUUGAAGAUGGAGGAUCAGAUGACACCUGAAGAAUGAUUUACUAGUUGAUCACAGUGAGUGGAAUUGAUUGAGUGGAAAUAGAUUCAAUCUUAAUCUGACGGAUAAAUUGAAAGCUAGAACGACCUGAAAACCUGACUCAGUAAAGCUGCUGUUUCUGUAGAUACAUCUGUAAAAUAUGAGACUGAAGUCACAUGGAAGUGCUCACACUUCCUGUGGUCAUCCUGAACCCUUGGCCAAGACUGUCCAACAUCUUUUGAUGCAAAUGGUCCUGAAACAUGGUGAAGAUUGUCACCUGAAGAUGACUGGAUGUUUACAUUCGACUCACUGGGUCUUCGAGGGGUCAAAGGUCACCUGCUGCUUCUUCAUUUAACACAGUCGAUGAUAACCCCGCUGCUUUCCUAGAAAACACUCUCUAAAUCCUAAUCGCUGCUGCCCUGGCUGGACUAACCAGAGCAACCCCUGGUGGUAACGGUGAGAUUGAUUUCCAGAGCUGGUAAAGUAGAGGUGUAAGUUGGCGGGCGUGGCCUUCAGGAUGUCAGGAUCAAUCAAGGUGUCGCAGAAGCAUCAUCAUCAGCAGCAGCAGCAGCAGCAGCAGCAUCACUAUGAGAGCAGCUGUCACCUGAGCAGCAAGUCGUCGGUUAGCCGCCAGUCGUUCACCACCUACCAGACCACCACCAGCACCCAGCGAGUGAAGAAGGCCUUCGUGAAGACAGCGAAGGGGCAGGAGGUGGUCAGACUGAGCCCGCUACCCAAGAGAGCCAAACGCACCUACCUGGCGAUGGACCUGGACAAGGAAGUCAUCGGCUACGUCAUCCCCGUGUUUCGAGCCAAUCAUGAGGAGGUCCGGGGGCUGAUGGAGGCCCGGCAGGAUGACAUGACGGAAGAGGGCAUCAACUAUGUGGCCAUGAGGAACCUGUUUGUCAGGGAGGCCCAGGAGGCCAUGGAGGUCAAGGUGGAGAAGAAAACCAGGACGAUGCAGGUCCGCGAGUCUGCUCACCGCCUGGAAGUCAACAAGACGAUUGAUGAGUGGACGGAGUUCCGUAAGAAGAUGAACCCGGACAGCCUGACUCACGCCCCGGAGUUCAUCGUCAAGCCGCGAGGACAGACCGUGUGGGAGGGACAGACCGUGAAGCUGCACUGCACGGCCGCCGGCUGGCCCAAACCCAGAGUGGCCUGGUACAAAAACAACGUGCUGAUCGAUGCCAAGGCUCGACCCGAGAAGUACACCAUCGAGUGCAACUACAACAUGCACUCGCUGGAGAUCAGGAACUGUGAUUUCUUGGACACCGCCGAGUACCGAGUCUCGGCUCUCAACGUGAAAGGAGAGAUGUCGUCCGUGGCCACCAUCGUCAUCAAAAGGUUCCAGGAGGGCGAGGAAUCUGGGCCGCUCCAACUCAAACCUCACGGGUUCUCGGCGGAGCACGGCGUGACCUUCGAGACUGCCAUCCUGGACAGAUUUGAAGUGGCCUUCGGUCGCGAGGGCGAGACCAUGAGCAUCGGCUGCACCGUCAUCGUUUACCCCACCGUGAAGAAGUACCAGCCUGAGAUCGUGUGGUACAGAAACUCUGUUCCCCUGAAGCCCUCCAGAUGGGUUCACACUCACUGGUCCGGACAGAGAGCCACUCUCACGCUGGUCCACCUCAACAAGGAGGAUGAAGGGAUGUACACCAUGCGCAUCAACACCAAGUCUGGCUUUGACACCUACUCGGCCUACGUGUUCGUCAGAGAUGCUGACGUGGAGGUGGAGGGGGUCCCCGUGGCCCCGCUGGACGUCCGCUGUCACGACGCCAACAAGGACUACGUGGUGGUCACCUGGAAGCAGCCUGCUGUGGAGGGCGACAGCGCCAUCCUGGGGUACUACAUCGACAGGUGUGAGGUGGGAACUCACCACUGGGCUCAGUGCAACGACUCCCCCGUCAAGUACGCGCGCUUCCCCGUCACCGGCCUGGUGGAGGGCCGCUCCUACGUCUUCAGGGUGAGGGCCUUGAACAAGCAGGGGGUCAGUCGCCCGUCUCGCGUCUCUGACCCAGUGGUUGCCAUGGAUCCCUCCGACAGAGCUCGCCUCCGUGCUGGACCCUCGGCCCCCUGGACCGGCGUGAUUAAGUUCACAGAGGAGGAUCACACUGCCGGAGUGAUUCCUGGAGAACCCACUGACGUCGUGGUGACUGAAGCAACCAAGAGCUACGUGGUGCUGGCCUGGAAGCCCCCGGUCCAGAGGGGUCACGAAGGGGUCAUGUAUUACAUCGAGAAGCGUAUGGAAGGCACAGACACCUGGCAGAGAGUCAACACCGGCAUGCCUGUCAAGUCUCCUCGGUACGCCCUGUUCGACCUGGCUGAGGGUCGGUCGUACAGCUUCCGCGUGCGCUGCUGCAACUCGGCCGGUGUCGGCGAGUCUUCCGUGGCCACCGAGGAGCUCACCGUGGGCGACGUGCUCGACUUGCCUUCAACUCCAGGAACUCCUGUCGCCACCAGGAACACCGACACCUCCGUUGUGGUCCACUGGGCGGCCUCCAAGGAUGUGAAGCAGCUGGUGGGCUACUACAUCGAGUAUCAGGAAGUGGGGACGGGUGUGUGGGUCCCCUGCAACAACAAGCCCGUGAAAGACACCAGGUUUGUGUGUCACGGGCUGGUGACCGAGUCCAACUGCGUGUUCCGGGUGAAGGCGGUCAACGCUGCCGGAUACAGCCAGAGCUCCUCCGACUCUGAGGCCGUUGUGGUGAAGGCUGCUGUCGCCGUGCCUGGAAAGCCGACGGGCGUCACGCUGCUGGAGGCCGCCCGGGACUACAUGGUGCUGGGCUGGAGCGCUCCGGCCUUCGACGGAGGCGCCGAUAUCAGAGGCUACUUUGUGGACUACAGGACGGUGAAGGGAGGCGUGGCCGGCCAGUGGCACGAGAUGAACCAUCAGGCGCUGACCACCACCUCCUACAAGGCGGAGAACCUGAAGGAGAACGUUUUCUACCAGUUCCAAGUCCGUGCCAUGAACUUGGCUGGAGUCAGCAAAGCGUCGGUGGCGAGUGCAGCGCUGGAGUGCAAGGAGUGGACCAUCACAGUCCCAGGCGCUCCUGUUGGCCUCCAUGUGCUGGAGGUGCGUGACUCCUCUGUGGUGGUCCUCUGGGAGCCGCCCACGUUUAAUGGCCGCACUCCGGUCAACGGCUACUACCUGGACGUCAAGGAGGCGUCUGCUGGCGAGAAGAGCUGGAGAGCCGUCCACGAGAAGGCCAACAAGGGCCAAUACAUGAAGGUGACCGGACUGAGGGCCGGCGAGUCCUACGUCUUCCGUGUCCGAGCUCAGAAUCUCGCUGGAGUUGGUAAAGCUUCCGCCGCCUUGGGACCGGUUCUGGCCGAAACCCGCCCCGGCACCAAGGAGAUUUACGUGGACGUGGACGACGACGGCGUGAUCUCCAUGGUCUUUGAGUGCUCUGAGAUGAGCGAAGAAUCGCAGUUCAUCUGGUCCAAGAACUACCAGGAGAUCACCGACACCUCUCGCCUCACCAUCGUCACAGAGAAAGGCAGAUCCAGGGCCAUCUUCAACAACCCGUCUCUGGAUGAUUUGGGCACGUUCUCCUGUGUGGUCACCAACACUGAGGGUGUCUCCUCCAGCUACACACUCACCGAGGAGGGUCUCAUGCGUCUGCUGGACAUCAGCCACGAGCACAAAUUCCCUGUUAUUCCCUUCAAGAACGAAAUGGCCAUGGAGCUGCUGGAGAAGGGCCGCGUCCGGUUCUGGACUCAGGUGGAGAAGUGCACGUCGGCCUGUGAGGUGGAGUACGUCUUCAACGACGUCAUCGUGACCCAGGGAAAGAAAUACACAAUGAAUUUCGACAAGUCGUCCGGAAUCAUUGAGAUGUUCAUGGACUCUCUUGAAGUCACUGACGAGGGGACGUUCACCUUUAACCUGGUGGACGGCAAAGCCAAGGGCACGACGAGUCUGGUGCUGAUCGGUGAUGAGUUCAGGGAGCUGCAGAAGAAGUCUGAAUUUGAACGUGCAGAGUGGGUCAGGAAACAAGGUCCUCACUUCGUGGAGUACCUGGGCUUCACCGUCACUCCUGAAUGUGACGUGUUGUUGAGAUGCACUAUUGGAAACAUCAAGCCAGAGACGGAGAUCAUCUGGUCUAAAGACUGCAUCGAGAUCGCCGAGGAUGACGAGGACGCGCAGAAGAUCGAGAGCAAGGACGGCGUCUUGUCCUUCAACAUCGGAAAGUGGGUUAAUAAGCAAGACAAACAGAAAGAGAAAGAGAAAGAGAGAAAAAAGCCGCCAGCCGAGGACGUUACCCCGCCACCACGAGCCAAAAUCUCCAAGUCGGAUGCGGGCAUUUACGAGGUGUUCCUGCGGGACGAGAGAGGCAAAGACAAGAGCCGCUUCGAUCUGACAGACGCAGGUUACCAGGCGGUCAUGAAUGAGCUGUUCAGGGUCAUCGCCAACUCCUCCACGGAAAUCAAAGUGGUCAGCACCGAGCACGGCAUCAUCCUGUACUCCAACGUCACGUACUACACCGAGGAGCAGCGCGUCGGUUGGCUGCACAAAGACGCCAAGAUCGCUGCUUCAGAGAGAGUCAAGUCCGGAGUCACAGGAGAGCAGCUCUGGCUCCAGAUCAAUGAGCCCACCGAGAAGGACAAGGGCAAAUACACCAUGGAUGUGUUUGACGGCAAGGACGGCGUGAAGAGGGUCUUUGAUCUGGCUGGACAGGCAUGGGAGGAGGCGUUUGAAGAAUUCCAAAGGCUCAAGGCGGCCGCCAUCGCCGAGAGAAACCGCGCGCGUGUUGUUGGAGGCUUGCCAGACGUGGUUGCCAUCCAAGAGGGCAAGUCUCUGAACCUGACUGGCAACGUGUGGGGAGAACCGGCUCCUGAGGUCUGGUGGAUGAAGAACGAGAAGGAGAUCGUGUCCGACCGUCAUUACGUGCUCAAGUUCGAGCACUCCAAAUUCGCCAGCAUCACCAUCGACGCUGUCACUACGGCAGAUUCUGGUAAAUACGCGCUCAUGGUCAAGAACAAGUACGGCACAGAGGCGGGCGAGUUCACCGUCAGCGUCUACAACCCCGAAGAAGAGGAGGCCAAGGACGAGAAGAAAGACUAGAGGACGGCCAGCAACACGGGUGAACUGUGGAAGCCUUGAACCCCGGUACCCGCCAGUGCAUCUCAGUGGUCAUAAUAAAUCAUAAAUACAGCUGCUGCCCCUCGUGUCUUCAAUGUGUGCACCUCAGAACACGACCUAAUGUAGCCGCUGCCAAAGGUCGUGUAGAGUCAGGUGCCGAUUCUAUCAACUGAAACUGGUAUUCGUCUUUGUUGACUUUCCACCUUCAGUGUGUGGAUUUUACAAAUCAGCCCUUCACCCAAAAGGUAUUUUAGAGCUCCGUUCUCCAGGCCUACGUGUUGCUCUGAGUGUAAAUAUGGCUGUGGGCUUUCUGUUUGCUUGUCUGUCAAUACUUGAGGGAGUUGCAGCCGGUAAAUCAAGAUCAGGUGUAGGCCAGUCCAAAAAUGGUUGGGUUAACGUGUCAAGGCGUUUUUCAAGUUUGUGUGAAGAUGUGUCUCUUCCUGAGUCUGAUGUUUGAGAGAUAGAUGGGUGGAGGAAUGUGAUAUUUCUGGUUUAAAAAGUGAAAUGUUGUGGUAAAACUCCUGGCUUCAUGGCUGUUGCUUUUCAAG